CGGCCGCCGUCGGCGAACACCGAAAACGGCUGAAAAAGACUCUAGUUCGAAAAAAAGACUCGAGUUUACGACGAUUAUUUUGUGUGUUGUGUCCGCAAGCGAGUGCUCCGCGCGUUAGAAAGUGCUUUUUCCCGUGGAAUUGGCGAGUCUAGCCGGGCGAAAUAAUUGCGAAGCGCAAGGCCAGUGUCGGGGGAACGUUUUUCCGGUCGCCGGGCUUGGAAACGCGCCGCACCGGGCAGGUUUUCCGUCGGUGUAAAAUUUUGGUUCCUUGGUUCAUUCGCGCGGUGCGUGUCUCUCUCUCUACUCUGUGUGUAGCAGUGUACCUAGUGUCGUCCUCUGUCGUCUCCAUCGCGGAGAACCCAGCCAUCAGACGUCGUUCCGCGCCGUGUGUGUAUUGGGGUGUGCAGGAAAAGAAGCAGUUGUUCACAAUACCAUUACACGCGGGCCUGCUACCCGAAAGCACCUCGCAAAGGAGAAUACCCGAAAAAAGCAGUGGGAAAAAGAAUAAUAAUAUUGUCUUGUUUUGUUCCGGAUUGCCGAGGAAGCCCCCGGGGACAAACUGCCUGUGAAGAAAGUGACGGGAAAACGUACACCCGUGGAGGCGGCCGCUUCGUGCUUCCGGAGGUGGCGGUCUUUUGGAAGGAUUCCUCCUGCGGUGAUGUUUUGAUCGAGGCAUCUCUCGGGAUUCAUCGGUCGACGAACGAAAGGGGGAAGAAGAAACCUACUACGCUGGCUGGCUGGCUCGCUGACUGUUCCGUCGUCUGAGCUUUGACUUGCGAUCCAGUUGAGAGUGUUCGAAAGUGAGUGCAAACGAGACGGCACCAUAGGUAGCAGCAUUCAGGACUUUUGUCCGGGGAUUCAACAACCAAAGGAACUGCUAAAAAACGCUUCCGGGAUGUGGACGGGAAGGUGAACCGGCAGCGCUCGGAAUGCAAAAACCGCCUGAAAUGCAUCGAUCCCACCGGCAACGACAAAACAAACCUACAAUGGACCGCACAGCAUCAUUCGACCCAGUGAAACGGCCUGAGUCGCGGACAGUGCUGUUACCAUUCAUCUGAAGAUACCGUGCCCUCAAGACCGCGUAUACUAAAUUGUCAUAUUUGUUAAAAAAAAAAAAACAUUGCUUAAGCACUAAAUCCUUGUAUAAAAAAACAGUGAAGCAAAACCGUGAAAGUAAUAACUAAAAGAGCAAUAACACUUUGUAAGUUUUAUCACGCACGUAGUAAAAAAGCAGUAGUAUUGUGUACAGAGUUGUGACAUAGGAUUGUGUAGUACAUAGUGAAUACACAUAAAGUUUACGUGCUAGUAGAAACUACUGCCAUCAGUUAUUUUACCAAACCAGGAUCCUCUUCGUUCGUGCAAUCCUAGCAAGGCAAGGUUCCUACUGCUCUGUCCCUGGUACCAGAUAGUGGUGGUAGCAGAGUUAUGACACAUAAUCUGGGAAUGUCUUCAUACCGUAUGCCAGGUCCCGGACUCGGUUGUCCGCCGGAUUUCAAGUCGCCCUCCGAAUCGCCCCAGCUGCCCAUCUCCGCCCCAAGUCAGCCGAAGAAGCGAAGGAAAACCUCCAACGCCAACAGCGCGAACUCGAUAGCCUCGCAACCACAGCCAACGCAUUCGCCGCAGGAUCUAGCGCCGCCGGUUCCCACCGGAUACGGGGACACGAUAGUGGCGUCUAAUCCCUUUGACGACACGCCACCGCAUACACCUUCACCUCACAUAAGCCAUAUGCAUCACGGAGGACCCGGAAUGAUGGGCCAUAUGGGAGGUGGAGGUAUGGGACAUGGCGGUCCGUUGGGGAUGGGACCCAUGGGAAUGCAUCCUCACCACAUGGGCGGUCCAAUGGGACAUCACGGUCCUCCGCACGGAGGACCGCAUGGUGGACCCCACGGAGGACCAAUGCAUGGAAUGCCACCUCAUGGAAUGGGACAUGGACCAGGACAUGGAUCGCCUCAUCACGGAUUGGGACCUCAUGGACCCAUGGGACCCGGAGGACCUCAAGGUCCACCAAUGCGAGGAAUGAGUCCAAUGGGAAUGGGUAGCCCUAUGGGACAUCCAAUGCAUAUGAACUCCGGAAUGGGACAAAUGGGUGCCAUGGGACCCCACGGACCCAUACAACGAGGGGGAAUGAGUCCCAUGGGAACCAUUCCGGGUGCUCAAAUGGGCGGGCUAAGUCCAAUGGGUGGCAUGAAUCAAACUCUGUCUCCAAUGGGCCCUAUGGGUGGCAUGUCCCCAAUGAGUCAGCAACAAAUGAACAACAAAUCCGUAGGAAGCCCAAUGAGUGGAGGUAACAUUGGAAGUCCUAUGAAUUCGAUGCCCGGAAUGGGAUCUCCUCACGGUGGACAUGGACAAAUGAUAGGAAGUCCAAUGAACACGAGUGGGGGUCACAUAAACAAUGGUCCAAUGGGUCCCCCAAUGAAUAGUCCCCUCGGAAAUGGUCCCCCGAAUCACGUUCCCCUAGGUCCCAACUCGGCCGGCCAUAGUCAACCGGUGUCCUCGGCGGGUCCAACCGUCGGCGGUCAAACGUCACCCAACUUAGCCGGAGUUAAUAGUAAUAAUAGGAUGAACUUACCCAAUGGUGCAAUGACAAAUCAGCAAUCAGGGAACCUUAAUCAAUUACCUCAUCAGCUGGGUCCCCAACAGCAAUCAUCGAAUAGUAGUCAGCAGGGUCCCGGACAAUCGCAACAGACACAGGCAAACAACCAGCAACAACAGUUACAAGUGAGUCAACCUAACCCGUCGCCUUCGAUGGGGUCCAACCAACCUCAGCCACCGAAUCAAUCUCCUGCCGCUCAAUCCCAGCCACUUCCGCCUCAUCCGCCGCUUCCGCAGCAACCUCACGCUUCUCCGCUUCCUCAACAAUCUCCUCAUGCACAACACACGCAAGGAGGGCCUGGCGGACCUAACAGUGGUCCAGGAUCGGUGGGAGGUGCGGGUCCAACGGGGCCAAUGGGACCAGGAGGGCCAAACCCUGGUGGUAUGGGACCAGGUCCGGGUGGCAAUAGUUUAGGAGGAAUGAACCCAGCUGGAAUGGGUCCCGGAGGAAUGGGUGGGAUGCCACCGAAUUCAAUGGGUGGUGGUAUGAAUCAUCAUCCACCACACCACCCCGGAGGUCAUCCCGGUAAUCACCAGCAGAAUCAACACAUGCCACCGUCGUUAGGUGGUGGUGGAGGAGGACCCGUACCGGGAGGUAUGCAUCAUCACAUGGGAAUGCCACCACAUGGAAAUAUGCCACCUGGCGGCCAUGCUGGACAUAGGCCACCGAUGGGACCUGGUGGACCGAUGGGUCCUGGAGGACCUGGCGGUAUGGGCAUGGGAGGACCGAUGGGUGGUCCAAUGGGGCAUAUGGGAGGAAUGGGCGGCGGUAUGGGUGGAAGCCCACUGCAGUCUCCCCACAUGAUGGGCGGCCCGAUGGGACCUGGUGGACCCGGUGGCCCAAUGGGAGGCCCAGGAGGACCAAUGGGUGGACUAGGUCCACCCGGAAAUGGACCUCCGCCGAAUCAUCAUCACCAUAUGGGAAUGUUCGGCCCCAAGCCGAUGCCUGUGACGUCCGGUAAGCUGUAUCCGCCGGACCAGUCGAAAGUGUUCAAUCCGCAGAACCCGAACGCACCGCCAAUCUAUCCCUGCGGCGGAUGCCACAAAGAAGUACAUGACAACGAUCAAGCAAUUUUGUGUGAGCAGGGCUGCAACUUUUGGUUUCAUAGAACAUGCAGCGGACUAACGGAUGCAGCGUUCAACAUCAUCCAGGCGGAGGUGUACGCCGAAUGGUGCUGUGACAAGUGUCUGACCUCCAAGAACAUACCGUUGAUCAAGUACAAACCGUAGUCGACCAUGGGGGGCAACCUGGUUGGCCAAAUCAUCAUGACGACGACUACGAAGGCGACGAGGUGACAACGACAGCAAACCCGCAACAACCGUAAUCAGCAUUGAGUGCAGCUAGGAGCAGCAAAGCGCUAACCAUUGUUUGUGUUUGUGACUCUGAAUUAAUGUUUUUCGGUCAUUGUGCGAGUGUGUGUGUGUCCUGAGUGUAUGUGUGCAUGUGGGGGUGUAAAUAUGGAGGAAGGUGAGUAGGUGUAAAAAUGGAGCGAAUGGACGUGUGUGAUCGAGUUGUGCUUUAUUGACCACGUUUUGACAACAACAAAAAAAUCAUGUGAAAUAGCUAAAUUCUCGGUAAGAAUUGAAAACAGACGAAAAAACGUGUUAAAUGAAAAGGUAAAAAAGAAGACAGCGACAUUCUAGUGUUCUAAACAAGAGGAAAUAGAAGCAAAUGCAGUAGUUAGUAAAAAAAGAAGCAAGAGACACAGUGAAACAAGCAAAUAUAUAAAGGAAAAAGAAGCACAGCGCCAUAGUUUUUCUUAUUUAGCUUUCAAGUGCACACACAUACAAACAGCAUAUACAGAAAAACAAAUACAGAAAGAGAGAUAUAGCGAGAGAGACAAACAAUGUGUAUUAAAAAAACAGCGAGCAAUGUUUUCUAUGAAAGUGCGAAAGAUGCGAAAAUAGCAAAAGAGCGAGCGAGCGAACGAGAGAGAGCAAGAAAGAUAAACAAGAAAACGAUAAAGUUUAAGUUUUAGCGCGUUAAGAAAAUGAAAUCAAAAAUGGC